UCCAGCCUCCGCCGCCUCAGCUACCCGAGCGAGCCCUGCGGCCGCCGGAGCAGCUCCCGCGGCGGAGCAGGAGCCGGAUGGUCAGAGGAGCCCGGCAGCCCCAGCAGCCGCGGAGUCGCCUGGCCCCUAGACUGACUGGCACAGUGGAGAAACCACCUCGAAAACGGAAAAGCAGGACCGAGUUUGCUCUUAAGGAAAUCAUGUCCUCUGGAGGUGCCGAAGAUGACAUCCCACAGGGAGAGAGGAAAACAGUUACAGAUUUUUGUUAUCUUCUGGAUAAGUCUAAGCAACUGUUCAAUGGGUUAAGAGAUUUGCCACAAUAUGGGCAGAAGCAGUGGCAGUCCUAUUUUGGAAGAACUUUUGAUGUUUACACCAAACUCUGGAAGUUCCAGCAGCAGCAUCGACAAGUCUUGGAUAAUCGGUACGGCUUGAAGCGGUGGCAAAUAGGGGAAAUUGCGUCUAAGAUUGGGCAGCUAUACUACCACUAUUACCUACGCACAUCUGAGACCAGCUAUCUGAAUGAGGCUUUCUCCUUCUAUUCUGCAAUCAGACAGAGAUCGUAUUAUUCUCAAGUCAAUAAAGAGGACAGACCUGAAUUGGUAGUUAAGAAGCUAAGAUACUAUGCAAGAUUUAUAGUAGUUUGUCUUCUGCUCAACAAAAUGGAUGUGGUGAAGGAUCUGGUGAAGGAAUUGUCAGAUGAAAUUGAAGAUUAUACUCACCGCUUUAACACCGAAGACCAAGUGGAAUGGAACCUGGUGCUUCAAGAAGUAGCAGCUUUCAUUGAGGCGGACCCUGUUAUGGUAUUAAAUGAUGAUAAUACCAUUGUGAUCACAUCCAAUCGCCUUGCUGAAACGGGAGCUCCACUGCUGGAGCAGGGCAUGAUUGUGGGGCAGUUGUCCCUGGCCGAUGCACUCAUUAUUGGUAAUUGUAAUAACCAGGUCAAGUUCAGUGAACUAACUGUUGACAUGUUCCGGAUGUUACAAGCCCUGGAAAGGGAGCCAAUGAAUUUAGCUUCCCAGAUGAAUAAACCAGGCAUGCAGGAAUCAGCUGAUAAGCCUACCAGACGAGAAAACCCCCACAAGUAUCUGCUGUACAAACCAACCUUCAGCCAACUGUACACAUUCUUAGCAGCAUCUUUUAAGGAGCUGCCUGCCAAUAGCGUGCUUCUGAUUUACCUGUCAGCCACUGGCGUUUUCCCCACAGGUCGUUCUGAUAGUGAAGGUCCUUAUGAUUUUGGAGGGGUACUUACUAAUAGUAACCGGGAUAUUAUAAAUGGAGAUGCCAUCCUCAAACGAAAUCAAUCCCACAAGGAAAUGCACUGCCUUCAUCCUGGAGAUCUCUACCCCUUCACAAGGAAGCCCCUGUUCAUCAUCGUGGACUCGUCUAAUAGUGUCGCCUAUAAGAAUUUCACAAACUUAUUUGGACAGCCACUAGUCUGCUUGCUUUCUCCUACAGCAUAUCCAAAAGCUUUACAAGAUCAAUCUCAACGAGGUAGCCUCUUCACUCUCUUUUUGAACAACCCUCUAAUGGCCUUCCUAUUUGUCUCUGGAUUGUCAAGCAUGCGUAGAGGCCUCUGGGAAAAGUGUCAAGAAUAUCUUCGAAAAAUCAACCGUGAUAUUGCCCAGCUGCUGACCCAUUCACGUUCAAUAGAUCAGGCAUUUCUCCAGUUUUUUGGAGAUGAAUUUCUUCGCUUGCUUCUCACAAGAUUUAUCUUUUGUUCAGCCACCAUGAGGAUGCACAAGAUUUUUCGGGAAACACGAAAUUACCCAGAGUCAUAUCCACAGCUGCCGAGGGAUGAAACAGUGGAGAACCCUCAUCUGCAGAAGCACAUUUUGGAAUUAGCAUCCAUUCUGGAUGUGCGAAACGUGUUCCUUGAGAAUACCAUCGACGACUAUUAAAACAGAAGUCCUCUCAUGGAAACAAGUUUUCAUUUGCCACAGAUUUUAAAUGGUGCAGUUUUCUAAUGUGAUGACAGACACAUAGUGAUGUUACUUAGUUUUUAUUUUUUCGAUUUAGGACCGCCAUUUUAAAAAGAAACCGGAAAAAAAUUGUUCAAACUUUUAGGGCAACUGUUUUAAAGUUCACUCUUUCAGGUCUUUUAAAAACUCGAUUGAUCUUGGAAUUUUUAUUUUUUGGUUUUGAGGUAUGGAUACUUACCUCUAACAUCUAAUCCGCCACUCAAAUGGUCACUAUUCUCACUCUGAGAAGAGUAAAUCCUUUAUUUUUGUAUAAUGAGGAAAAUCCAACUCUUAUACGUGGACCUUAAAUGCUUGGAUUUGGAAAAUGUGUAAUUGUUGACAAAGAUGAAACUAGCCAGCAUGGACUACUAAGAAUCAGGAACAGAGCCCUCCCAUAAUAUUUCUUUUCUUUCCAUCUUAGUAAGUAGGAAAAUGUGUGAUUCUUUGAAGCAUAAGCAAGAUAGUUCUUGAAAUCAUUUCAUUCAUUUAAAUGCUGUCAAGAUUUCAGAAACGGUAUAGAGUGAUUUGGAUCUGAAAAGCUAAAUCUUUAAUGGGGGUCUUGAGGUGAAAAAUGUGUUCAUAUUUCGUUUUAUUUGUAGUCUUUGAAUGCUGGAAA